AUGAGAGCACCUUCACAAAAAGUCACCACGAUAUUUGUUGCUAGAUUUCCUCCCUCAGUUAUAGAAGAUGAAUUUAGGAGCCAUUUUGAUAAACUUGGUGAAAUUACGGAUUUGUACAUGCCCAAGUACCAAAGGCAUCGUGGAAUUGGUUUUACUACUUUUGCAACUGCUGGAAUGAUACAUGAACAUCUUCAGUUUUUCCAUUUUCUUGGAAUUAUACUCGGAAAGGCAAUGUUUGAAGGGAUUCUUGUAGAUAUACCAUUUGCAACUUUUUUCUUGAGCAAACUAAAGCAAAACAUUCCAUAUCAACUUUCUGUUCAAUACAAACAAAAACCUCUUACAUAUUCUAAUGAAUUAGGGGGGGGGGGGUCAGCUGUGGUUGUUGACCGAGCAACACCCAAGGAAGAUGAUUUCCGGCCAGUUAGUCGGAUGUCUCACGGUGGCAGUAACAGUGGUGGUGGUGGAGGAGGUGCAUAUAACGCGUAUGUGACAACUAGAUAUGCUGCAUUAGGUACUCCUACAUCAUAUGAUUAUCCGAGCAUCGUUUAUGGAAGUUGUGUUUGCUGGAUACUUUGA